AUGGGUGAUCUAACUGUCAUUCGAGAUGGAGAUGGAGAUGGAGAUACUCACAGGCUCGAAGAAGACACCGUGUCGUCGGAAGUUACAUUGCCAGCGGCGGAUCAAGCUGCCUUCAAAGCUCGAUUGAAGCAGUUCGAAUACUCCCCCAAGACAGACAUUAGUCCGCAGCGACGUUCUUCCCGGUUUGCAACCUGGCGAUCCUCCACUCCCUGCAGUCCUGUUAGCAGCGCUUCCCCGUCGAGAAAACGCAGGCGAUUGUCCUCGCAACCGCGGACCGACGGAGACGAGAGCAAAGAGAGGGAUGAAGAGUUGGCUAGGGGCAGUGCGGGCUCAAAAGAUAGCACCUUGACCCCCAAGUCCAAGUCUAAAAAGAAACGAAGCACCACGAAAGAGCGGUCUGCUCGUGAUCCAUACAGUCCCACCAACAAACUGGUGGACAGCCUCCGACCAGGGCUGAUCUUGGUGUUUGUGGGCCUCAACCCUGGCCUCAUGACGGCGGCGACGGGCCACGCUUAUGCCCAUCCGUCCAACAGAUUCUGGCACAUCGUCCACGCCAGUGGCAUCACCCCGCAAAAGCACGAUCCCUCGGAAACACGAGAUCUGAUGGAUCUGUACCAGAUCGGAAACACCAACAUAUGUGCUCGGCCGACCCGGAGCGGCGAUGGACUGAGCAAGGCCGAGCUGGAAGAAGGUGCCCUCAUUCUAGACCAAAAGAUUGCCCAGUGCCAGCCAGAAGCGGUGGCCAUUGUGGGUAAAGGCAUUUGGGAAGCCAUUUGGAUGGUGAAAAAGGGCCAGAAGAAAUUCAAGGAUCCAGAUUUCCAUUGGGGCUGGCAAGACGAGGAAAUGCAGCUCGGUAGAAGGGUAGAUGAGAGUGGCAGGGUCAUCUGGGCGGGGGCAAAGACAUUUGUGGCAACAUCUACCAGCGGACUGGCCGCCACCCUCACGCCGGCAGAGAAGCUGGCAAUCUGGAAGCCGCUUGGCGACUGGGUGACGAGGAGGCGCGAGGAGUGGAGGGCGGAAGUUCUUCAGCAGUAG